GGUCCUCCCAGAGCUUCAGCUCCUCUUGAUAUAAAAGGGAGAAAGAAAUCUGCCAGUUUUGAUGUUUGUAUAAGUUUGGUUUUUUUAUUUUUAUUUGUAAAUAAAACUCAGCUGAUGUGACGUAAACUGGUGGUUCGUGGUGAGUUCACUGUCCCUGUCCAGUAGCGGGAAAAUGGCAUUGCUGCCUUUAGGCUCCGCGGUGUUUUUGUUCCUGGUUGUGACCUCUCAUGUGACAGAAGCAGCGGGGAGACCGAAGCGCCGGAUGAGCCUGUCUGAAGAUGACAACUGGCCCCAGAAUUUCGCCAGCUCUCAGCCAGGAGCCGGGCCGGAACCCGGGGACGUGGUGUCCGCCUUCACCGUCUCCACUCUGGGUGGGACGUUCUCCUACCUCCCCGGAGCUCUGAACGGCUCUCUGGUCAUUCACGCCUUCACCAACAAGUCCGGGUUCCUGGAGAGUCUGUGGAGCUCCGAGUCCUCUCUGACCAGUCUGGUUGAUGGUCUCCCGGACAGUACGCAGGUUCUGUUUCUGUCCCUGGACGACUCUGCGGUCUCAGAUGUUCUGUGGAUGAGGGAGCAGCUGCAGCGGGUCGCGAUGCGCAGAAGGAAGGAGGUUCUGGCCCAGUUGCACUUCUCUCCUGUGCCGGUUUUCGCUCUGGGGAACUGGAUCCCGAGUGUGUUUUACUACUGGGGCUGCGUGGGACACAACUGUGGUCUUUCUCAGGCCGUUUUCACCUGUGAUGGAUGCAAAAUGCCCAUCGUUAUUAAGAGACUGGAUGCGAGGUACGACUGGCUCGUGGCCCGCUGGAGUUCAUCGUCCUAUCAGCUGGUUGAUGUGGGAGACGGGUGUGACCUGUCGCCCUCUGUAGCCGGCUCUGUGGCCUGGGUCUCUGAGGUCAACUGCUCUUUCUUCAAUAAGGUUCAGAACAUGGCCCAAUCCAAUGCCGCAGGUGUCCUUGUCUACUCACUUCCUGGGAAUCCAAUCCAGGACAUGAACUGCGUUGGGGAUGAAUGUAACUAUCCUCUUAACAUUCCGGCUGCCAUGGUACAUGAGGAGGUUUGGGUCACUUUGGCGCUCCGGUCUGGGCAGUUGGUGAAUGUUUCUUUCCAGACGACCCCAUCUCCAAAUUUCUUCAUUGGCAUUGACCAACAGGGCACUCUGGCUGAGAUGGGCUGGUUCCUCUACCCAGCCUUUAAUUUUAUUAAUUGGCAGGCCCAAUGGUUUGAAUUUGUUGCUGGUCUGAAGACCAAACUCCAAAGUCCUGCUAAAGUUGUUUCUGUGUUUGAUAAAAUCACAAUGCAGGGCGAGAAAGGAGCCGUGGCCACGGUGGACCUGCCUUUAGACUUGUGGGACUUUGACACUCUGCAGCUGGACUUGUCUCUGUCGUGUCCCAGCAGAAGAGACUCGUCCUGCGCUCAGUGGGACCACACGGUGCAGCUGUUCUUGUGCUGCGAUGAGCUGAGUUCGUUCUGCAACACCGAGCUGGGGCGAUGGAUCACGGCGUUCCGCAGAGGCAUCGGACGCUGGCUGACGGACGUGUCUCCUCUGCUGCCGUUGCUGAACAGAAACAGAUGCACCUUCACUUUGAAGACGGUGCCUUGGGCGAUGCCGUGGAUCGCCUCCCUCAGCCUGAGAUUCAGCAUCAGCAAUCAGACGGAUGUAGAUGGUGCGAGAAAGCUCCACCCCUUCAGAGUGAUGCCUCUCUUCAGCGGGGGGACGUUUGACAAAAGCUACAACAAGAGAUACUGGCCAACGAAACUGCCAAUCCCAAAAUCGUCCAAGAAGGUGGAGCUUUACGCCGUCAUCACAGGACAUGGCAGUGACGAGAACGGCUGUGGAGAGUUCUGUGUCACCUCCCACCACUUCCUGAUCAAUUCAAUUUAUAACAACACUCUUACAUUUGACUCUGCAGGAACAGCUCUUGGCUGCACGAUGCGUGUGAAAGACGGCGCGGUACCAAACGAACACGGAACAUGGCUGUACGGGCGAGGAGGCUGGUGUGACGGGUUGCAGGUCGACCCCUGGAGGGUCGACAUCACCAAACAGCUGGACCUGAGCGAGUCUGAGUCCAACACAGUGGUUUACUUCGGUUUGUUUGACGGCGUGGAUCCUGAUCCGGCUCAGCAGCCUGGAUACAUCAUCAUGUCCUCUUUUCUCAUCUUCUACAAAUAAAAUAAAAACAGGUUUUUUUCUUAACACGAUUCUUAACGAUGAAAUGAAUUUAACACAGAAUGUUCACUCAAACAAUAAAUGUCUAUUUUCUCA